AUGGAAAAGGCCGAUUACUUUAUCCGUUUCCCGGCCUUUCAGAGAGCCCCGAUGUUGUCUUCCAAUUCAGAAUUUAGUCUUCUCGCUCGAGAAAUGAAUUGGAAAAAAGACUCGAGAAGAUACAGAAAAGAGAGAGCAAACUUCCUUGCUUCCGAAUUUAACAUUUAUUAUGGCUCCAAUGCGACCAAGCUAGAAAACUGGCAGGCACUGUGUGUAGAGCUAGACAUCUCUGAUUCCAUUGGAAGUAUCACACAGUGCCGUAAGGCACUUGGCAAUGUACACGUUAAUCUGGUUGACUUGGUAGACUGUCGAAGAAAUGGUCAAACUGCUAGGCGAUUUCCUAGUGUCGCAGCGCUCCAGAAAUAUACAAAAAAAACGGAUAAGAUAUUUCCGAGAUCCGCAGCCAAAGAGGAUGGAUUCCUGAAGGCGUUAUUGAGGGUAAUUUACUAA